UUCCGCGCCAGCUUUUCGACGAGCAGCCUCGCUCCCCCUGCCGGGCAAAGGAAGGACAAGAGCCGAAGAUGGCGGUUCUUCCAGCCGCGGCGGCGGCGGGGACAGCGGCUUCGGCUUCCGAACAGCAAAGCUCGAAUGGCCCCGUGAAGAAAUCGAUGCGAGAAAAGGCCGUGGAACGCAGAAAUAUUAACAAAGAGCAUAACUCUAACUUCAAGGCUGGAUACAUCCCGAUUGAUGAAGAUCGUCUACACAAAACUGGUUUGCGAGGCAGAAAAGGCAAUUUGGCGAUCUGUGUCCUGGUCCUCCUAUUCAUUUUGGCGGUUAUUAAUUUAAUUAUCACCGUCAUAAUUUGGGCUGUAAUUCGUAUUGGGCCCAACGGCUGCGAUAGCAUGGAGUUUCAUGAUAGCGGAUUAUUAAGAUUUAAACAAGAUUCUGAUAUGGGAAUUAUACACCCAUUAUAUAAGAGCACAGUGGGAGGCCGACGGAACGAAGAUUUGGUGAUUGUUGGAGAAAAUCAGCCAAUUGUAUUUCAGCAAGGGGAAACAAAACUUAGUGUGGAGAAAAAUAAAACUUCAAUUACCAGCGAUAUCGGAAUGGAAUUUGUUGACCCACGAACUCAAAACACUUUGUUUAGCACUGACUACAAUACCCAUGAGUUUAAUUUGCCAAGUGGAGUAAAAAUUUUAAAUGUCCAAAAAGCAUCUACAGAAAGGAUUACAAGCAAUGCCACCAGUGAUCUCAAUAUAAAAGUGGAUGGGCGCGCUAUUGUCCGUGGAAAUGAAGGAGUGUUUAUUAUGGGCAAAACCAUAAAGUUUUCCAUCGGACGGAACUUGGAACUGAGAGCCGACAAUUCCAUUAUCCUGAAUGGAAGCGUGAUGAUCAAUGUAUCCCGACUGCCAAAUUCUUCUCACAAGGAACAAUUUAACAAUGGUGACUGGGAACGUUACAAACUUUGUAUGUGUUCGGAUGGGACAUUAUUCCGUAUUCCAGUUAAGAGCCGUAAUAUGGGUUGCCAAACCUCUAUCAACCCAUGUGGUAAAACGUAUUAAAGGCAAAUGUGGGUACUAUGGAAAGAAAAAUCACUAUAUUUAAGUUCAAGCCAUUGCAUGUUUGCAAGAAUGUUUUUGGUUAUUUGUACAAAUAUUAAAUGAAGCACUUCUCACACACAGAUCUCCACAUGUAGCACUGUUGAUUAGGCCAAUAAUGUUUUAAGGUACGUACUGUGUAGAAGGCAGUUAAACAGAAAUGCAGAAUGUACUUCAGGGUAUUGUUGAAUUAAAAUUACCAAAUAGGCCUGUGUAUGUUUCAAAAUAAGGGCAGCAUUCUUCCGCUGAUUUGUUAAUAUGGCCUCGAGAGCUGAGCUGGCCUAAGACUGCAACAUUAAUACAUUAAUUCAUUUUUGUUUCUGGUAUUUUUAUCUUUGCAACUAUGUAUUUCUCAGACAUUAUACUUAGACCUUUAUUUGGUCCCACUAUAUUGAGGCAUCUGUUUUCUGAAAUUUAUAUGCACUGAAUUCCAUGUUCUAAUAUUGGCUGGGGAAUUCAAGUCAUUAUGGAAACUGAUUAUGGAAACAGAGUCUAAGAUUGUUUGUAGUUGAGCAGCUGCAGGUUGUUGGACUAUCAGAACUAUGGUGGUACAGUGGUUAGAAUGCAUUAUUGCAGGCUAAUUCUGAUGAAUGCCAGCAGUUUGGCAGUUCGAUUCCCACUGGCUCAAGGUUGACUCAGCCUUCCAUCCUUCCAUGGUCGGUAAGUUGAGGACCCAGGUUGUUGGGGGCAAGAGGCUGACUCUGUAAAUCACUUAGAGAGGGCUAUAAAGCACCAUUAAGCACUAUAAAAGUCUAAGUGCUAUUGCUAUUAUUCUCUUCUCCUACCAAGUUAAAAAAUCAAGUUUUUUCCAAGUAGUACUUUGAAUAAUUUGAGUUUGGCAAAACUCAUAAUAGGAUUACUCACCUCUGCUUCUGCCCAAACAGCCGUUGGUUCAUUUUGGAAAAUAUCCCAGUUUAAAAUGUGUUUAGGUCUUUUGGUUUGUCAGUUUCUUAGGCAAGGCAUUUGAAAAUUGCUUCUGGCAGAGGUCCC